UCUGCUUUUAAACGAGCGGGAGUAUUGCGCGGAAGAGGAGCUGGUGCAGGCUGCAGGAUGAUGUCUCGGUCGCUAAAAGAAGUCGUGCUGACUUUGUGUCGUUUGUUGUCCCACCUGGGAAUUGAAGAUGUCCCCAGUCCCGAGCUCUUUCGCCGUGCCAAGUUUAACCGGGCCGAUACGACCCCAGAUUUUUGGAGACUCCUGUUCAGUGUUUUGAAGAACAUUACUCCUUCUGUUACUUUGCCAAGUGAAACUGAAUUAGAUGCAAAGGUUCAUUUUGUGAAGUCUGCACUUUGGCAUUCUGGUUAUGGAGCACCAGAACUAUACUGGCUGCCGGGUGAUGGAUCUGAAGGAAGUCGCGAACUGCUCUUAGCGCUUUCCUGGCUCUUUCACAAGAUUGACCUCCUAGAGCUAUUGCUACUGUCCCAAGCUCGAUGCACUGCGGGUGAUGAAACUACUCUUGAUGAGCAGUGUUACCACUCACUGGCACACCCUUUCUGUCCAGAAGAAAACUCGAAUGAUUCAGUCAUGACAGGACAACUUGAUAAGGACAUCAGGCAUCUCCAGUGGUUACAAGGCCAGUUAUGCUUUCAGUGGCGGAUUCUUCUUGCCUCCCAGGAAGAGAUGGCUGCACUUCUGUAUAAGAUCCAUGCUUACACAGGAGGCUGUCAUAGUGACACUUCUUUGAGCCAUCUCUCUCUUAAGGAAAUAAGAUUAAUUAAAGAUCCUGAAGAGCUGUCUGUGAUGUCAAAACAGCUUGAUGCUGAUAUGGUCCUUCUGGAGAGCUAUCUAGAAUGGAAACAGUUGGAGCCUCUUUACUGGCAGUGGAUGGAAAGUGUGCUAGAUGCCAAAGUGACUGAGCUCUCCUGUCCUGAGAAUGUGGAAAACAAUGAUGUGGCCUUUAACAUAAUAAAUAACAUGGAUUCUGGUAACCUAGCUGCUGGAAGCAAAACAGGCCAAAUGUUUAAGGAGCCAGGGGCUGUAAAAGAAAAAGGAGCUUCUCUGAAGACUUUAAUGAUAAAGAAGAAACAACUGGGUUUACCUGAAGAAUUAAAUACAUUUGAUUCUUCUAGGAAAUCACUGCAUAAAGUGGGACAAACACCGUCACUUUUAAUUAGACCCCGUUGUCAAAUAGUUCCAACAAUGGCCUGCAGAUUGGUUCUACGAGAAGAAAACAAAAAAACAGCAAAACCUCCCCCAGAGAGAGUGCAUUCAGUCAAGGUUCUUGCUUCAGAUGUUAUCAAAGGUCUCAAGGAGAAGGAAGCCAUUUUAUCAUCACAAUUAAUGAAACUUAAAAACGACUGUAAAAUGAAUAUUCAGACGAGGAUGGAAAAGAUAGAGGGAGUUAUAUUUUUACCACCAAUGAAAAACAUAGAUUCGAAAUAAUGGCUUAGCACCCUGACACAGUGAUAUAUACCAAAGACUAUUAUAAAAUUCUCAAGGAGCACAAAAAGGGAGUAAGAGAUUAGAUAAAAACUGCUAUUUAAUGAAACAGCCUGAUGUCUGUUCAGCACUUUCCAGAGAGAGUUUUACUGGUGGUAUCCACAAUUUUAUUGAUUUAAGUUCCCAUUUUAUUUACUCCAAUGACAUCUUUUACUGCAAUAUUAAUUUUGGUAAAGUAAUACUUCGGCAAAUGUGUCAGUCACUUCAUAUAGUGUUAUCUAUAUAUAUAUAUAUAUAU